ACCCGAAGUUCAUGGCCAAGAAGUGGGCUCGUGUUAAGUCGGACGCCAAGAAGAAGGGUAAGGCAAUAAGAGACGCUAUUCGGACUGGAGGGGGUCCAUCGCAGGCCUGCGGAUUGAACUCCGAGGACAAGCGGGUUUUAUUGACGUGUCAGGAUGGGGUCAGGACAGGAUUUGGGGCGGACAGCGAGACUACAAGGAACCCUAUGAAUUACAACAACCUAACAGCAGCAGAGCCAGAAUCAAACAACGUUGUGGAGGAAAUUGACUUGAACGAGGUGGAGUUUGUUACGAUCCCCGAUAGAGCAGAGUCGCCGGAUUCAUUGAUUGAUGUGCCCAGAACUCCCGAACCUGUCAAGAUGAUAAUCGAAAAAGCAGAGGCUCAAGAAGAAGUUCGACCUGUGCCCAGUACCAGCUCAUCAAAUACUCCACCAUCAGUUCGUCGCAAACGUCAAUCCACUAGUAGUGCCGUUGGUCAAUACCUGACAGCUCGAGCCUUCCAAGAAAGCAGCCAUCUCAAGAGAACGGGAGAGAUGCGCACCGAGGCUGCCGAAGCUGAAAAGGAGCUGAACCUCUUAGUGUUGGAGACUGCCAAGGAGGAGAAGAUCCUUAGAAUCCGAAAGGCAGAGUCGCAGGCACGUGAGGCAGAGCUAGAAGUCGAGGUCCUCGAAAUCAAGAGAGACAUGCUCAAGAUGGAGAAAGAGCGAUGCCGGAUUGACCUUGAACUGGCUAAGCAGCGACUGAUCACCCGCCCUAAUUGAAAAAAUACCCUUUACAGAGUGCAUUCUCCAAUAAAACGGGGAUAUGUUAAAAAUAGUUGUUUAUUAUGAAAUCACGAACACGAAAUUGAUUUGUACAAC